UCGGACGGCAGCUGAUGGGUGAGGCGAAGAAAAUUUAAACUUACACAAAACAGAGAGAGAGUGAAUCCAUGCCAGGCUAAAAAAAGAAAUAUUUUUACUCUCCAUUUCAGAUGUUUUCUUAUGGUAAAGUUGCUUCGGUGCUUGUUUGUUUGGAAAUGUGAGUUUUAUUGUUAGAUUACAGUUCUUUAUGACAUAAGCGGCAGGAGAAAAGAAGACGAUCAAACCCUACUACAACUUUACUUUAUUUGUUUAUGCAUUCAUUAAUGUCGCAGAGCUACGGGGAGGUGAACCAGCUCGGAGGGAUGUUUGUUAACGGCCGGCCGCUGCCCGGCCCGGUGCGGCUGCGGAUCGUGGAGCUGGCGCAGCUCGGCAUGCGGCCCUGCGACAUCAGCCGCCAGCUGCGCGUCUCCCACGGCUGCGUGUCCAAGAUCCUGGCGCGCUACAACGACACCGGCUCCAUUCUGCCCGGAGCCAUCGGCGGCAGCAAGCCGCGGGUCACCACCCCCGCCGUGGUCCGGAGCAUCGGGGACUACAAGCAGGACGACCCGGGCAUCUUCGCCUGGGAGAUCCGGGACCGGCUGCUGUCGGACGGGGUGUGUGACAAGCACAACGUGCCGUCUGUCAGCUCCAUCAGCCGGAUACUCAGGAAUAAAACUAAUAUAAAACAUCCGUAUGAGAGCGGCAAACCGGCCCCGGCUCAGCUGCAGUACGGACACGUGUACCCGACAUACUCAUACACCGGGCCCGCAGGGACCCACACCGGGACCGGGCACGUCGGCCUGCCGCGGAGCUGGCACAACAUCCUGGGCAUCCGAGCCUUCAUGGACCCGGCAGCACUGUGUGGAUCUGAAGGACACUCAGCCAAAAUGGAGGACAGGACCAGUAUGACCAGUAUGACCAGUAUGACCAGUAGUACGAGCAGUAUGAGCGGCAGCAGACAGUUUCCCUCUGGAGUCAAUGAAGUGGAGAAAACCAGCAACGAGCCGGAACUCAAAUACCAACAGCAGUCUUCGCCCAGUCUGCAUGGUUACGUCUCAGCCUGUGCGUACUCUCCACCGAACCAGUAUGGCAUCUACGGAGGUCCAGCAGCCAACUACAUGAGCACAGGACACCACUGGCAGCCCCAGUCCUCCAGUCACACUCCCAGUCUGACUCCCAGUUUCACACCCAGUCUGACUCCUAGUCUGACUCCCAGUCUCACUCCCAGUCUGACUCCUAGUCUGACUCCCAGUCUCACUCCCAGUCUCACUCCCAGUCUCACUCCCAGUCUGACUCCCAGUUUCACUCCCAGUCUCAUACCCAGUCUCACUCCCAGUCUCACUCCCAGUCUCACUCCCAGUCUGACUCCCAGUCUCACACCCAGUCUCACACCCAGUCUCACUCCCAGUAUCCCUCCCAGUUUCACUCCCAGUUUCACUCCCCGUCUCACACCUGGUCUGACUCAGGCCCAUCCCGAUCCUGCAGCAGCACAGGACGCCGCAGAUUUCCAUUCUGCAACUUCUUUCAAACUUCUACAAAGAGACGAAGACCGGAAACCUCAGAGUCCUCUGUACAAACAUCACAGAUUGUCUUCAGCCUCGUGACGGCGCCGAGGAAACGCAAGAAGAUGUUUCGAUGUGUUGUGAAAGACUAAAAGAGAGUGCAAAGCUGCUGCAGGCUGGGGCUGAAGACCUGAAGGAGAAACUCUCCUCUGACUCUUGAAAUUGUAUCAUCUUUUAAAAUAUUUUUGGUAAAGCUGUAAAUAUAUUUUAUUAUUAAAUGUUAAAUAAAACGUAUA